AGAUGGACUGUUCCAGCUUCUGAUGGAGGUUGCCAUGGUCGGGGGAUCAGACAUGAGUCUGUCUUCCCUGGCCUGCUCCUCCCUCAUCUCACUCACUGUAGCCCUGGGAGAUACAGGCAAACUACUUACUGCCAUCUCCUCAAUGUUGAUGAGUCCAUCCCCGCUUGCUAUGCAGAAUGUCAAGGUGCCAGGCAUACUAACCUCGUUACAGAAGAGUGUCCAGGCUGUAUUAUUAGGGAAGACCCAGCUACCUGACUGGUUUAACCAGGGGGUCAAGUCUGGAGGCCUGAUUGACACGUUUACACUAGAGAAACUUCACACAAAUGAUACAGCAGGUGGAAUAGAUUGUGCUGUAGCAUCUGAUGGCAGAUAUUUGUACAUACUGGACAACAAAAACGGAAUAGCCAAAGUGGGAACAGGUUAUGGAGACACAACUAAGGGACACAUUUAUCUACAGAAAGAAUUUACUGUAUCAACCUCAUCUGUAUGGCUUGCUUGUGCAAAGGAUCAGCUGUUUUGUCGGUCGGACGAGAAUGCUCAACCCUGUCUGUGUACCAUUAAUAAAGAAGACCUGACAGUAAUGAACUCCUGUAAACUGGAUGGUAAAGGCCCGGGGCCCAGCGCUUUGUUUAGUGAUGGAGAAAACAUUGGGCAGAUUGCAGCUGCUAAAGAU